CCAGCAGUCCACUGGCCAUCUUUUAAACAAAGGGUUCCUUUGGAACAUGAGGUUAAUGGGUUCAUGAGGGCUUAUAUUUGUCCUUCUUAUACAGUGUAAAGCAGAAGAAUGAAACGCCACGACAAGUUGCAGGAGAAGGCACUGCUACUCCUCCUUCUCUUUUGAAGAAAAGACGUCAAAACGUGUCCUCCAACCAGACGACGACGUGAAACAUGUCACUGCAUUGCGGCCUGAAAUGAAUCUGCGCGGAAUACGGGAGGGUUGCAAACCCCUCGCCCGGCACCUGAUUCGCUUUAGCCGCCUGUUGUCUCCCGCGAGAUCUGCACCCCCGCAGGGACCAGAAAGGGCCAAGAUGAGAUUUGGGGGGAAAUCGUUUGAUGGCUGACGCACGAGUCGGAGCCCCAGAUUUUGAAGUCGGGGUGUGAGGACAUAAGCGGGUUCGAAACUAAGAAACUGCUUUCUUCGUAGAGUUGUGUUUUUUCACUUUUAAACAGAAGAUGAUCAGCCUAAGUGAAUCUUACUCUUCUGGGGAGGAAUCUGUGACCUGGCUGACCAGCCUGUUGAAAGAAUGGAUUUGUCCAGAUCAUUACCUGGGGAUUUUCACAGACUAUAAAGCAUAUCUAUGGGUAUUAAUACCCUUCAUAAUGCUUUUUUCGCCUGUUCUAAUUUUGCUUGGCUUUAUUUAUCUUUCUACUCUUCUCCUGCAUAUUUACAAAAUAAUGAGUAAUUUAAAGGGAGAUUAUCUUGGUAAAUCAUGGAAUACUGGAAGGAGAGCAGUAUCUUAUCUUUGGGACAUAUAUGGCAUAGUGUGGCAUGGCUAUGAGGUGCAUGGGAUGAAUAAAGUACCAGAAGGACCAGGACUUAUUGUGUGUUACCAUGGAGCUUUUCCGCUGGACUAUUUCUAUUUUGUAUCUAGACUCUAUUUACAGACAGGCAGACUCUGCCACACAGUGGUUGAUUACAAUUUUUCCAAAAUUCCAGGUAUAAAUCUGUUUUAUAAUGUCCAUGGUCUUACAAAUGAUGGGAGAAUGGGAUGUGUUGAAAUUCUGAAAAAAGGGAACUUAUUAGGAGUUUUGCCAGGUGGAGCCCGAGAAGCCUUCUUUAGUGAUGAGAACUACAGCCUCGUUUGGGGUGGUCGGUUGGGCUUUGCUCACGUGGCCAGAGAUGCAAAAGUGACCCUUCUUUCUCCCAACUGUCCUCUCUCCAUUUCUAUCCUUUACCUGGACCUGAGGACUGCAGCACUGUGUCAACUUCUGGAGACUUCUAGCCACUGCCUCCAACCAUGGCUUUUGUUUUAAAAGGUACAUUUUUUGUUUAAAGCCCUUAAAACCCAAGCUGGUGGGUCAAUGAUGGGAAUUGUAGUUCUUUUAAUGGGUACAGCUAGUGCCGAUUUUUGGCUGGAUUUAUGCUCUAUAAUAGCGGAAAGAAUAUUGUAAAGUUGUGCAACUGACUUCAGUUCUUACAACUUUUGUAUUGCUUUUGUUAGUAUUUAAAAUGUUAUUAAUUAUAUGCUACCUUGUGGGGGUCUUUGGAAGAACUAAGAGUCAGAGUUUGUAUACAUUAAAUAGAGAAUUAUGCUCAUUCUCUAUGGUAAGAGCUCAUUUUAUGUUUUAAGUUUCAGCUUGCAAAAACGUAGUUAACUUGGGCAGCUGCAAAUUUCCUAUUGAUCCAUACACUGGCUGGAUCCUGACUUAUAAAGUGAAUGUGCAGCAAAGGAAGCACACAUGCACUUGCUGAAUUCCAGAGUAAAGCAGUGUGGGUGCACUGCUCACACGGGAAGGAGGCCGAUCUCUCCUUCCUGUCAUCCUUGAAAAGAUGUCCUUAAGGGUUGCACAGCCCUCAGGAAAUCAUUUUUGGGAUCACAGAACACUUUAAAAGGAAAGGGAGAUUCACAGAUAUCGGCCUCCUAUGCAACUGUCCCUGCUUUGUUGUGGAAUGCAGCAAAUGUGUGUGCACUCUGUAAGUGAAGGUAUCAGCCACUGAAAUCAAUGGGACACACACAAAAAUUUGGCCUGUUUAUUUUGACUUAUAGAUAUUAGUUUAUUUUACUGCUUUAUUUGAUUACAGUAUUAUGUUGUCUGGCAUUUACUUUGGCUGACAUUCUGACUAAAUUACUUGAUGGCAGUCCUAUCGAAAUCGAGUAGUCCUUUACAGUAGAUGCUUAGUACUAUUCUGUAACUUAGUCUAGAUGUCAGCCAUUAAUUUAAUCAGGAUUGAUUGUUUAUCUGCUGUUUUAGGUUUUUCAUGAUUGUUUAGAUGUUCUAUGAAUUGUUAAGCUGUUCUGUAUGCAAUUUAUGGCAGAAAUAAGCCAUAAUUUUAAAAUGUGUAUAAUUUAAAUUUAAUGUAUAUAAUUUUUUUAAAUGUACUGAAUUUAUUUAAAAAUGUACUAAAUUUAAGAAAUAAUGGGGUGUGUAUGUAUAACUGUUUUGUGGGGAAAACAAAAAAUAGUUCAAAAAUAGUUAGCAUUUAGGCAUGCUCUUUUAUAUUUGGAGGUAUUUUCUUGAAUAUCUCAGGGAGCUUUAUGAUUUAACUUGUUGUCUUCAGUCACACAAGACCUCUGUAAGCUUCCUUUGGAGAUUGUUUUGUUUCCACUAUCAAUGUACAUUGGAAUGAAAAUAUUGUAUCUUUGAAAAUAAUUUAUAAGCAGCAUUUUAAAAAUAAA